CCCCCUUUUACUCCUACACAUUUUUCUCACCCAUCUCAUCUCUGUUCCAAGGACACUAUUUCACCAAAUCUAAAAGUCUACCUAUCCCCCCAUCAAAUAUUCACAGCCAUGACGCUGGCAGCAAUGUACAAAAUGGAUUAUAUCCAGGACCUCGACCAACACUCCCAAACAAAUCUCAAUUCAUCAUGGGUCAAUGACAAAGGAGCCUGGAUGACCAACAUGAUCAUCAUCUUCCUCAUCAAACUCUUCUUUGAUAUCAUCCCUGGCAUGUCGCAGGAGCUGUCCUGGACCUUGACCACUCUAACCUAUAACAUUGGAAGCUACAUUAUGUUCCACGCAGUAACAGGUGUACCGUUUGAGUUCUCGCAAGGUGCUUACGAUGGCAUCACACUGUGGGAACAAAUUGAUGGAGGCGUUCAAUUUACUGCUACACGAAAGUAUCUCACAAUUGUGCCAGUUGUCUUGUUCCUACUAAGCUCACAUUAUACACACUACGCACCAUUCGCGUUCUUUAUCAGCCUUGUCGCUACAGUUAUCAACCUGAUAGCAAAACUGCCUGCAAUGCAUCAGGUCCGAUUGUUCGACAUUAACCAGAAAGUUGAAUAAGCCAUAGUAAGAAAGACGAAGCCCGCAUGUUCAUUGCAAGUCUGUACUUCUGAUGUUGUUCAAUAUAUGAUACCAUAAAGACAAAAAAA